CCAGCGUUUGCUGAAGCUGCAGCAUUGGCAUCACAGCCCACGGAGAGCGGCGAUGUUUUCCUGCAGAGCGGCCUGGCAGAGGUGUGGGCCUUUGGCACGGAGAGCAGCCUACAGGUUGCCUCGGGAUGUUGUGCAACGGAGGCCGAUGUCAUCCGUUCCUGGUGGGUCUGGGGACAACAUAGCCUUAGCCCUGCUGUGUGGUGGAGCCUGCGCUGGUGCUCUGUCAUAUACAUACAGCAGUAUGUGCGCAGACAGCGCCAGGUACAAUGAUCGCAUUUCACAAAUUACUGGCAGACAAACGACAGAGUGGACACCCAGACCAUGGCCACCUAAGAGCAAGACAGAUGAAGAGGGUGAGGAGGAGGAGGAAGAAGUGGCAGCAGCUGGGGAGGCCAGUGGAGAAGCUGAGGCUGUCGAAGAGGAGGCCACUGCAGCUGCUGGUGGCGAGGAAGAGACUGUAGUGGAGGCAGUUGCUGAGGCAGUCACAGAGGCUGCUGAGGUCGUUGCCGAGGUGGCUGAGGUCGUUGCCGAGGCUGCGCAGGAAGUGGAGACGGUUGCAGAAGAAGUGGUCCAAGUGGCCGAAGCUGUCGAGGAGGCUGCCGAGGCUGUGGCAGAACCGCCCGCCCCCGCUACCGAGGAACCCGAAAGCAAUGUGUUGCUGGCAGCUGCCUCUAAUGUAGAGGUACCGAAGAUAGCCGAAGUAAAGGAAGGGUCGGCACCUGUUGUUGAAGACAUCAAAGUGGAAGAGUCUGCAGCACCAGUAGAGGCUAAGCCUGUUGAAGAAAUUGCACCAGUUGAGGAGGUCCCUGCACCAGUGGAUGCUACACCAACAGAGGAGACCCCUGCAUCAGUGGAGGUUGCACCAGUACCAGUAGAAGAGGCCCCUGCAACAGUAGAGGUGGCACCAGUUGAAGAAGCCCCUGCACCAGUAGAGGUGGCACAAGUUGAGGAGAACUCUACACCAGUAGAGGUGGCACAAGUCGAGGAUACCCCUGCACCAGUAGAGGUGGCAAAAGUUGAGGAGACCCCUGCACCAGUAGAGGUGGCACAAGACGAGGAGACCCCUGCACCAGUUGCUGAAGAAGCUCCUGCACCAGUAGAGGUUGCACAAGUCGAGGAGACCCCUGCACCAGUAGAGGUGGCACAAGACGAGGAGACCCCUGCACCAGUUGCUGAAGAAGCCCCUGCACCAGUAGAGGUGGCACAAGUCGAGGAGACCCCUGCACCAGUUGCUGAAGAAGCCCCUGCACAAUUAGAAGAGACCCCUGCACUGAUUGUUGAAGCUCCAGCACCAGUAGAGGCUGCACCAAUUGCUGAAGAAACCCCUGCACCAGUUGAGGCAGCACCGACAGAGGAGACCCCAGCACUGGUUGUUGAGGCACCAGCACCAGUAGAGGUUGCACCAGUGGUAGAAGAAGCUGCUGCACCAGUUGUUGAAGAAGCCUUGGCACCAGUGGCACCUGCACCACUAGAACCAGAUGUUACUACAGCUCUAAUUGAAGAACCAGUCACCACCGCAGUUGUGGAAGAAGUUGCAGAAGCCCCUGCUGCAGAAGUAGCCAACCCUGUGGUGGAAGAAGCAGUUGCAGCUCCUGCAGAGACCCUGGAAGAAGAUCCCAAGAGAGAGUAUAUUGUUGUGGUUCUGGAAGGAACUCCUAAAGUGGAAAAACGGCCCAAGGUACUGGGAAUGGGGCCCAUGACUGGUAGAAUCAUCCCAGCUCCAGAUGAUGAUGAUGGCCCUGCUUCUGAGGGUAAGCGACGUCUUCUUAGGAUGCAAAUGCAGUAAUUCCAACUGAGUAAACGGCUCCUGACUGAUGACUUUCUAUCCUGCAGAAGAAGAGGAUGUGCCUUUCUCCUACACUUUCCCUUCCUCCUUUUACCCCUAAAAACACAAGGGGCUAAUUAUGUAGUUCUAGUGUAAAGGUACACCUAAUAUACAGUGUUUAGAUCAAUGGCAGCUUUAUGGAACCAUCAUCCCAACAUAUUAGUGGUACCCAUAUAGCUCAAAUAGCAUGACACUCCACUUGCUUACUUGCAUGUCUACAGUCAGUCAGUGGUUGAACAGAUUUCCGGUUUAUCCUUUAGUAGCCAGUAUCAAAUUUGGUAACUUCUUGCAAUCUGUUUACUGCUGUGGACAAAACUGAGCCAUUCAGUACACAGUUUUUUCUUACACUGCCUCAGAAAACACUCCACAUACCUUUGUACUCCUUACCAUAUCCUAUUAACCCAUCAGUGCCCAGCCACUUGUGAUGUGAACCUACAGUGUUAUUACUUAAAGCAAGGGAUGUUUUAAGUCACCAGCAUUCUGUACUGUACCCAACCUCAGGUUCUUCCUUCUGUUUCUCUUGGUGUGAAAAUGAAUGGCUGGAAGCACAUGCAGCAGUUUAUUAUUGAGAAACACUUUGAGAACACUGGCUCAACAGCCCAUUUAAAGGAGCUACCUCAGUUUUCCUUUGUGUUCAGUCUUUAAAAUGUCAGACAUCUUCUUGAUGCUUUUAGUGUUACAGCUCCUAAGCCAACAACGCAGUUGCAAAGGCACUAACUUCAGUAAGCAUAUUGUUAUUCUUCAGAAGUUCUAAUUUAAUCACUGAAACAACUUAUCCUGUAAAACUAAAGCCAUUUGUUGAUUUCCUGUUACUACGCUUCCUUUAAGGGAAAUUUAACAGUAAAACACACACACAAACUGCUGCUGCACUGCUCUCAUUGAGUCAAAACUCAUGUUUCACUUUUGGCCACACCCCGGUUGGCUAUUUCACAGUAGGUGUUUUUCUCUUGAUAGCUGUGACAACAUUAAUAGGGAUGUUGCCAGAAAUGGAACAGACUUGAAAGGUUUGACCCAUAGAGCGCACAGCAGGUGUUUUCUUCUCUUUUCUUCUUGUUACCUGUUUAGGUGAGGCUGUUCCUCCUUACUUUUUGCAGACAAUCUAAUGAAUAUACAAUGAAUGUGCUAAAUACUAGGGAUAUCUUCCUGAUAUUAGCUUGCACCCUUUUUUGCACAAUCCAUAUUAAAUUAUGGUCAAAGUUGAAAAGUCCUUCUCACAGCCUUUUUAUCCACAUCUCCCCCUUAGCCACUGAUAUAGAUUAAAGAAAGAAACUCAAUAAGGGAUACUGGUUUUACAUACACUGAUGAUGAAUAUACCUUCAAGUGUAGCUCAGUGUCAUGGUUCUGUGAACUAAAGCUGUUUGUGAGCUGGAUAUGGGAAUGCAUAAGCAGCAUCAUGUUCUGUCACUGUGCUUUUCUGUCCCUUGGAAUAGCUUUUCUUGUUUUGUUCUAGCAUUCAGUUGUGUGUGGAUGUGUAAUUUAAAGGCUUGCAGCAAGUAUGAAAAGUCAUGAUAGCGAUGUGCCGGUUUGACAUGAAAUGUGUGUGUUUGGGAAAGUUGUAUUAUGUCUGAAGAAAAGUCUCCAGUGUGAAAUGCUUUGACAGCUGUGUUGUAGUCUCUCUUCCUUGAUUCCCUCUUACAGGUUUUCUCACCUCUACUAUAGAACUUCGGACUUUGUUAGCUUGGCGUAUUAUGCUUUGAAAUAGAUCUGAGGGAAGAAUUGAACUUAGUGUUUGUAGGUAUUUUAAUUAUAUGAUUAGUCUGUCUUUGGUGUUCACAGGCACACUCUAUUAAGAUGUAAGGGAAUGCCUUUGACUUGGCUGUUUCACACAUUACACUUUUUUUGUUUUUGCAAAAUAAAAAUAGAUUAAACAUGA